CUCCAAGGAAGGGUCACACUAGUUGAUUUUGGCGUGUUAUUUUCGUUUGAUUGAAAUUAUAUUUUUUGUCUUAAGUUAAAGCAUGGCAUUCCAGUUGCCAACAACAACCGCCGCCCCGACCGGAGGCGCAUCAUCGUCGUUUUCGUUCGGCCUCAGCACAGGAACACCAGCCGCAGCACCAGCUGCAGGAGCAGCAACCACGGUUCCCGCCACAAAAACCACAUUUUCGUUCGGAACACCGGCAACUGCUGCUUGUAUCGGUGGCGGAGAUGCAGACAACGCCAAGGCGCAGGCUCCACCGGCCUUUGGAUUUGGCCUGGCAUCCGGCACUGCUUCAGCUCCCCUCACGCUGGGCACUCAAGCCGCAAAUCCAGCUUCCACCACUUCUGCGACCGCGACUGGAACCUCUGCUGCUCCUGCCGCCUUCGGAGGCUUUACGGCUCAGCCAGCGGCAUCUGUGGUGCCAACUAUAGCAACCAGUGCACCGAACACCGCAGCUACCACAACUGGAUUGCUGGGCGGGUCUGGAUUGGGAGCUCCUAAGACCACUGCCGCUGCGCCCACAACUCUGACUGCAGCUCCGGCGGCCAUAGCGCCGACGCAAGGAGCUGCACCGGCCCCAACUUUAAGUACUGGCGGUGCUUUUGCCAAUCUCACUACCGAGACCAAGACCACAGACUCAUCGGCCGUUUCCGCGGCAUCCCAAUUGUCCUACCACCAACUGGAGGAGCAUAUCAACAAGUGGACUCUGGAGUUCGAGGAACAGGAAAAGGUAUUCACCGAACAGGCCACUCAGAUCAACGCCUGGGACAAACUGCUCAUCAGCAAUAACCAGAAGAUCGUCGAGCUUAACGAUGCCGUCAAAAAAGUGAAAACCGAUCAGCAAGUGCUGGACCAGGAGCUGGAGUUUAUAGCCACGCAGCAAAAAGAGCUUGAGGACAGCCUGGGACCGCUUGAGAAGGAAUUCGUUAAUCUCCCGAGAGUGGACAUGGAACGCAGCCAAACCUACCUGAUGGUGGAGAAUCUGGACACGCAACUGAAGCAGAUGUCCGAGGACCUAAAGGAGAUCAUAGACAACUUGAACGAGGCCAACAAGGGCCAGGACACCACAGAUCCCAUCAUACAGAUCGGAAAAAUCCUUAAUGCCCAUAUGAAUUCGUUGCAGUGGAUCGAAUCGCAGUCGACGAACAUCAGCAAGAAGCUGGAAGACAUUGGCAAGAUUCAAGACUCCCAGAAACGCGAUAUUUUCCGAGCUCCUUUCUAAAAAUAAGUCCCUUUAAAUUGUUAACUUAAAUAAAGAUGGUUCUAUUGUAACGACAUAAA